AUGUGCCAGAUAUUCAUGUUUAUCGGCGGAAACGUCUUUAUCCUCUGCAUAGAGGUCGUCAUCCUCACGGCCGUCGACCACCAUCACGUCGCCGCGGCCCUUGCGCCUCUGAGCGUCUGCGCCAACAUUGGCGAUGCUCUGGAUUACACCAUCUCUGCGACGAUUCGAACCAAUACCUUCGACAAAGCUCUUGAGAGGAGCCUACCAGAAUCCGCACCGGAGAGUCUGGAGGACCUAUACUCGGACCUCAGUAUACAGUUGAGCUACCCCGUCGGCAGUGAGGAGUAA